AUGGCCUCGGAAGUUUUUUUGACUGAGCUCCAAGCUGAGGCCAGCUGCCCUCUCUGUCAGGAUUACCUGAGAGAUCCGGUGACUCUUGACUGUGGGCACAACUUCUGUGAGUCCUGCAUUCAACAGCGCUGGGAAAAUCUAGAGGACGUCUUCCCCUGUCCAGUCUGCUUUCACUACUGUCCUGAUGGAAACUUCAGAAGGAACCACCAAUUGCAUCAUAUCGUUGACAUCAUUAAGCUGGUUCCUACAAGGACUGAGAGAAAACAGAAGGAAGAAAUCCUGUGUGAGAUGCAUAACCAGGUGUUAGACCAGUUCUGUGAGGAGGAUGCUGAGCUGUUGUGUCCUCAGUGCCGAGUCUCCUCUGAUCACCAGGAUCACCACCUGGUCCUCAUUGAGAGUGCUGCAAAGAGUCACAGAAAGAAGCUCAAAAUCUGCAUGGAGCUUCUGAAGAGGCAGAUUGAAGAAAACAUAGUGGCUUGCAGAAAUGAAGUUUCGAAAUUCCUCGAGGAGAGCAGGAAGAUGGAAAAUUUCAGAAUGGGAUUAUAUCCUGAACUUGAGGAAUUGAAAUCAUUCUUGAGAAAUGAAAAAGCUGAGAUCAAAGUCAGGUUGAGGAAAGAAGAGAAAGUAUUGGAGAAUCAACUGGCCAAAAACAAAAGUCACAUUUCAAACCAUAUGGACAUGCUUAAAAAUCUUUUAAGUGAAGUUAUCGUUGUAUGUUCACUGGAUGACCUGGAUUUACUCUCAAGGAGCGAAAAUAUCCACAGAAAUUUUGAAGACCUCCCAUCCCCAACAGUCAUUUCACAUGAACUCAAGAAGGAGAGUUUCACUCUCCCUCCACAUUAUUUUGGUCUACAGAAAAUGAUCAGCACAUUUCAUGCAGAUUUAACACUAGAUCCUGCAACUGCCCAUCCAAGUCUUAUUAUCUCUAAAGAUAAAAAAACCAUUUUUAGAACGAGUCUUCCAGACCUUGGCAAUUCACAGACAUUUGCUCCUUAUGCAGCUGUGCUCAGCUGUGAGGGCUUUGAUGGAGGCAGGCAUUUUUGGCAGGUAGAAGUCAAAGGCAGAGGUGACUGGUCCUUAGGAGUGUGUGAAGAAUCCUAUUACAAAAAUACUCUGAUAUCACCAACCUGUGAAAAUGGCUAUUGGUCAUUUGAGCUGUCCACAAGGGACAUUAAACAAGAUGCUCGACGUAUGCGAAUUGGUGUAUUUCUGGACUAUGAGUUGGGAGAAAUUUCAAUUUAUAAUUUGAGUAGAAGAUCAUACUUGCAUAAACUCACUCAUAUAUUCACAAAAAAACUAAUGCCAUAUUUUUCUAUUAGAGUGUCUUCUAAACACUUUUCGAUUAGUUUGGUUACCAUUAGCUAA